CACGAAUCGGCAAGAAUUCAUAGCAAUUGCGGAGGGACCUGUACGAGAUCACAGUGAUGGCGCCACGGAGGGAGAUCCUCGACUCAGAGGACGAUGAUAGCGACUUUGGCGGCGGUCCAGAAGCAGGAGACGGCGAGGCGGAGGUGGGCCAUCCGGAAUUGACGCUGGAGAAGGCGGCAUCACCCCGCGUUGAGCCCAUGGGUGCGCCACACAACGCCAGCACUGACUCGACCGACCCGUCUUUUUUCCAGCACAUCUACGAUCAGCAACAAGCCGCUGUUGAGGCUUCCGAGGUCAUUCCAGACACGGCUCCGGCCGCCGCCCCCGCCUCCGCUUGGACCGAGAUCUCGUCCGCUCCGCCGCCGGGACAGAAACACCCUGCCAAGAACGCCUCAUCCCCCAACACGUCCAUCACCGACCCUGCGCAUGCUAGUCGCAGGCCAAAGAGGAGCCGAGAAGUGGUUCCGGCGGAGGUGAUCGACCUGACCGAUAUCACGACGCCAAGGAAAGACGCUGCCAGCGCAGGAAGCGCUGAUGUGUGGGAUGUUCCAGUCGUCUCCGCCAAGUCGCAGAGAUCGACGAGGACAUAUGGGAAGCGCAAAAGUCCGAGACGGCAGCAGCUGAGCCUAAAGGAAGCAAUGCCCGACUUGCCGCCCACGCAGGACCCGUACGCGCUCCCCGAGGCGACGCCGCCGCCCGCCAGGAAAAGGACCCGACGCCGCUCGCCGCCGUCCAGCUCACCGCCGCAGCCGCAGGCUCAAGAUUCCAGUCCUGUGAUGCUUGUGCCGGCAGAGGUGGUGGCCAGCUCGGACAGGCAAACGCGGUCAAGGCGGGGAAGGAACGCUGCUGCUCUCGGCGUGGCGUCCAGCAUGCCCGACACGGCUUCGUCGCUGUAUAUUUCCCAGAGCGUCCUCACGGCGAGUCAGAAGCAGGAGUAUAAGACGGUUUCCUUGUCGUCGGAAGCAGCGCCGGACGAGCCAGUCACAUCUUUCCCCGCGCAGCCACCGGUGGCGGGAGAGGUAUACAAGUCCAGCGGCGCUACGACGAUUGCUUACCCGACUCCAAGUCGGAUUGGGUCUUCAAGACGGCUGCCGGAGCCUGUUGAUGAGCUGGAUGAAAACCGUGUUGCUGAGACGUUUCUCGGCCGGGAUUUCAACCAGCCGCAAUCAUCGCCUGAUGUCCUGACGGACAUGACUAGCACCAACACUUCGAGGCCGAAAAGGGGCAGGACGAAGGUCGUCAAGUCCGCUGGGCUGGUUCAAGCGGAGGUUGAGCCCCCUCCGUCAACGUCAACACGGAGGGCAAAGAGGAGGAGGGUUGUUCUGGAGGAAGACGACUCCUGGAGCUUGGAUCCCCUGGAAAGCGCCGAUGGGCACGAGCAUCUCCCGCAAGGGGGUGGACAUCUUGGAGACGACACCGGGGAUGCUGUGGGUCACCCAGAUGUGGAUGCGGUUGACCACCCGUCCGCUGCCCCCGAGGUUGAAGGCCUCGAUGGCGGACCGACGCCUCCAACAUCCACCGCCAAAAGCAAAAGAGGUCGGAAAACGAAGGGAGCAAAAGCCACCCAGGCUUCUCCCGACGUCACAGAGCCGCCACAACAAGGCGAAGAAAUACAGGAGUCCGCGAUAGCGCCCACCGAGAUAUCAGAGCCGAUACCCGCAUCCAAACGGAAGCGCGGUCGUCCGCGCAAGUCCCAGACGGCCAUCCAAUCCCAACCCCAAGCCGAACCCACCGUCGUACCAAACGACGAGCAAGCAGCCAUCAACGACAGCCAAGCUGAACCGGCCCCAAACCAGCCGCUGUCCGAACUCUCGCCCAACACGCAGCCACCCAAUACCGAGGUUCACCCAGACGCAGCGAACGAUGGUGGCAGGGGUGCGAGCGAAGAAAAUGCCGCCCCGGCGGUUCCGAUGACCACGAACACUACUACUACUACUGCGGUGACCGGUGCCGCUGCUACCGCUGGAUCCUCUGGCACCGCCGAAAAGGACGCAAAGGCCGCCGGGCCGGAGCAGAAACUCGCCUCCACGGCCGCUAAGGCGGGCGUGCUGCCGCAGAAGGUGCGGUAUCGCGUGGGGCUGAGCAGGCGGUCGCAGAUCGCGCCGCUGUUGAAGAGUCUGCGGAAGCCGGUUUGAGAGGGUCGGGUAUGGCGCGUUCGGAAGGGAGUUCGUGGGGUGGGAAGGAGGGUGGAGUUAGGGAGGUGAUUGAUGGUCGGGUCUAUGGAAGAGCGGUGGGUUAUGGACCGCAUUUCGAGGAAGCGUACGGUUGUGGGUGACGGGUAUUGGG